CUCUCUCUCUCUCAAAAUGUUGAACCCUAGAAUGGAUGACGUUGAAGAGCAAGAAGGUGGAUUUCAUUCCUACCCUUGCGCAUACUACGUCCAAAGCCCUUCCACUAUCUCCCACGCCAACAGCGCCGAUAUCCGAAACAUCAACAAUGAGUCCCCUCCCCGCUCGGAAACCUUCCUCGCCAACGGUGCCCCUCCGAACCCCAACCACGUCGAAGCCUCACGCUUCACUCUCUCCCGCUACUCCUCUCGCGGAUCCAACAACUCCUUCCUGCAUGAAAAGAAGGUUCCCUACGAUGCUCGGAGCCACGGAACGGGGACGGAGAAUGGCGAGAACCCUUUGAUAGUGGUUGAUGGCGGAGUACUGCUUGGUGGUGAUGAUGAGGAGGAUGAUGAUGAUGACAAGGAAUAUUAUGGGAGAAAAAGAGGGUGUUGGAGAAGGUACUGUACUUAUCGUAAUUCUGAUUCGUGUGUGUGGAUUUGCUUGCAAAUAUGUUGGAGAGCAUUGGUGAGCUUGGGAGUUGCAUUGAUCGUCUUUUACCUUGUUACAAAGCCCCCACCACCCAAUGUCUCUGUUAAGAUCGCUGGCAUUGGGCAAUUCGUGCUAGGGGAAGGAGUGGAUGCCUCAGGUGUUUCAACAAAGAUACUCACCUGCAAUUGUUCCAUCGAUUUGGUGACAGAGAACAAGUCCAAGCUCUUUGGCCUUCACAUUCACCCUCUAAUACUCGAAAUGUCAUUUGGUCGCCUCCCCUUUGCAAUGUCAUAUAGUCCAAAGCUAUUUGCUGAGAGGGGCUCAACAUUGUACAAACUCUCUGUCGGGACAAGGAAUAAGCCCAUGUAUGGUGGGGGAAGAAGCAUGCAGGACAUGUUAGAGUCUGGAAGGGGAUUGCCACUAGUGAUUCGCAUGAGCAUGAGCUCAAGCUUCCGAGUUGUUUGGAACCUUGUCAGGCCCAAAUUUCAUCAUCAAGCUGAAUGCCUAUUGGUCCUUCAUAGGGCAUAUGAUAAGAAACAUAGAACCCAAGCAUAUAAUAGCAGCUGCACAAUUACUUCUUAAUCAAUAUAUUCUUCAUCCUUGUUGUGCAUUUUUCGAAAGGGGAGGGAGAGUACAACAAUGGGGAAAGCACAAAGCUAGCUACU